GCUAGAACACUUUUUUUCUGAUUCGUAUAGCUUUUAAACAAUCAGUUAUGCGCAGUUUUGUUAUCACGCACGCUGCUGAAAACUGAAGAUCCUCUCUCUCUCUCUCUCUCUUCAUUACUUUCCCUUUUUCUUUUCUUUCUCUCUCAUUCUGCUUCUGUUCUCUUCUUUCUUGCAUGCACUGUACUUUAAGAUUGAUUAAUGCACGCAGAGCCGAAUUGCGCAGCAUCUCAGAAUCCUGACACACUCUAAAAGAUAACUACCUUUUCUCACAACGAAUAGAACGAUCCAACUCACAACAUUCAUUAUUUAUUCAAUCAAUAUCACCUUUAACGAUUCACCAAAACCAUAGCCAAAAUCACUAUUGCUUCAGAUUUCACGAAAUGCUCGAAACGAUUAAAUACCUGAUCGGUUGGCCCGGUCCAAGCGGAUUCGGAUCCAAAUCCACCGCCGAACAAGUCACCGAAGCCCGCGGCGAGCUUCGUUCCAUAACCGCCAUCAUCACCGGUGGUACGUCUGGAAUCGGAGCGGAAACAGCGCGUGUGUUGGCUUCGCGUGGUGCGAGAGUGAUUCUACCGGCGCGUAGCAUGAAAAACGCGGAGGAAACGAGAGAUAGAAUCGUAACGGAAUGUCCUGAAGCGGAGAUUAUCGUUAUGAAACUCGAUCUCAGUUCUCUCAACUCCGUUGCGAAUUUCGUUACUCGCUUUCACUCUCUCGGUUUCCCUCUCAAUCUCCUCAUAAACAAUGCUGGAAAGUUUGCAGAAAAGCACGCGAUCUCAGAAGAUGGAGUUGAAAUGACCUUCGCCACUAAUUAUCUAGGUCAUUUUCUGUUAACGAAGUUGUUGAUGAAGACGAUGGUUGAAACGGCAGAGAAGACCGGGAUACAAGGGAGGAUAGUGAACGUAACUUCCGCCAUACACAAAUGGUUUACGGAUGACGUCAUCUCCUAUUUGGCUCUUAUAAGCCACAACAAAAGCCAUUUCGAUGCUACACGUGCUUAUAGUCUUUCAAAACUCGCCAACGUUUUACACACUACAGAGCUUGCUACCAGACUCAAGCAAAUGGAUGCCAACGUGACUGUGAACUGCCUUCAUCCUGGAGUUGUGAGAACCAGACUCACCAGAGAACGUGAUGGUUUUCUUACAGAUUUAGUUUUCUUUCUGGCUUCCAAGCUCUUAAAGACCCUUCCCCAGGCAGCUGCAACAACAUGUUAUGUGUCAACUCAUCCAAGGCUCAUCAAUGUGUCAGGCAAGUACUUUAUUGACUGCAACGAAGCCUCCAGUUCCAAAUUGGGAUCCAACUCAAUUGAAGCUUCAAGGUUAUGGGCCUUUUCCGAACUCAUCAUUUCUAAGGGUUCAAAAGCUGCCUUUGACCAAUUUAAUCACCUUGAAUUUUGAACUGAAUUUCUUGGGACAACGCAAAAGAAAAUAAAUCAAUAAAUAUAGAAUUUUAUGAAAAAGAUACACAUAGAAUUUCUCUCUAGAUAGUCUAGUCUUAUGAUCUAGGGCAAACCUUGGGAAACAGUUGUUUGUUUUAUUUUAUCAUUAGAAAUCUAAAAUAUACUACUAUAGUUGAUUUAGAUUAUGCUAGUUAGUUAGAUUGGGUGCUAUGAUUCAUACAAUGAUUAUGGAGCCUGAAAUAUGUUAACAUGGGAUAUUAGAUUAUAAGUGAAAGUACCUGGAAAACUCUGGUUGUACUUUUUUAUUUAAAAUUAUUCUGUUUAUGAGAUGUAA